UAGUAGUUAAAGCUAAAAGUAGCCGUGUAGUCUAUCAGUAGUAGUAGUAAUAGUAGUAGUAGUUAAAGCUAAAAGUAGCCGUGUAGUCUACUUAGAAAUAGCUUCAUUAGACGAUGCUUGAAACAGGAGAGGAGUAAGUUACAGCCUCAGCAGUCAGGCUUUCCUUCUCCCUCUCUCUCUCUCUCUCUUUCCUUGAAGAAAAACAGAAAGUUCACUUCCUGUUUCGGGGUGGUCCUCGGAGUGUGUUGCAGGAGAAGGAGGAGGAGGAGGAGGGGGACUCGGCGCUCAGCUCGCAUGCUCGCGCUACCUCGAAAACUUCGGGCUCGCUGGAGCAGGAUACCCAAAAUGGAGCUCAAGUUUACCGCUCACUCCAAACUCCAACUUUAGGGGAAACUUCUUCUGGAUGUGUUUUUUGUCCCGUGUGUGUGGAGUGGAGGACUGCGUGCUGGAGUGAGGUGAACAUUUGAAGUUCACGCGCCUGGACUCUCCAUCUGUGUGCGUGUGUUCAGCAGGAGAAAAAGAGGGGCUUUAUUGGAAAUUCUGAAACCCCCGGUGGGACGCGCUCAGCUUUCAGCUUCAGCUCUGCAUUUUCCUCCUUCUUUCCAGGGAAAGCUGAGGUUUUUGUUUGUUUUUUGGCAGGGAAAAGUUUAGGGCCACACAAACUGAUGCGGACAGCUCGGGAAUCUGAAAGGGUCCUACAGGACUAGCAGGAGUGCUGGCCCCAAUGCCAGUGGUCAUGCAGCCUCACCACAGGCUGUAUCACUACAACAACACCAGUCAACCAAGCAAAGGUCUGGCGCCAUCAAUAAAAUCACCCUACAGUGAGGUAUCUCCUGUGUGUGGUGCUCCCCCUUGUGGUCAACCUCCAGAAAGCAGAGCAAUGUACAAUCCAUCCUUCAACCCUGGAACCUGCAUGGAUCCUUACAUGCGGCCUCCGCAAGGACACCCACCCCAUGGCAUGAUGGGACACCGUGGCAUGCCCCCACCUGAGGGAGGUAAUGGUACCCCCUACUGUAGCCAGAGUAACACAAUGUCAGCGCAUCAUGGCUUUCCUCACAACCAGUCAGGCCCAGAACACUUGGGUUCAGGAGACGGUUCUCGUUUCUCCACUCCUCGUUCCAUACUGAAGUUGAGCAAGAAGCGAGCACUGUCCAUCUCUCCUCUGUCUGAUACAAGCGUGGACCUGCAGACAGUCAUUCGCACAUCUCCCAACUCUCUGGUGGCAUUUGUUAACUCUCGCUGUGGGCAAAAUGCUGCAAGCUCAUAUGGACACCUAUCUGUGGGAGCUUUGAGUCCAUCGAUGGGUUACUCAAGCUCAACAAACUACCAGUCCAGGCCUCAAGGGAACAUGUACGGAACGCCGCUUGGCCACACCCCUGCUCCCUGCCAUGGACCCCCAACUCGCCUUCCUCCUCACAACCCCCGUCUGCAUGCACCUCCAAAACAUGGACAUCUGAAGGCAGAACCCAUCAUAGGUAAUGUGAUGGAUGGCAUUAAUGUGAAGAGUUUAGAAGAGCAUUCAGAAGGAGAUGUGGCCAGUCCAUCUUCCACUGGAACUCAGGAUCCUCUUCUUGGGCUUCUGGAGGGCAGAGAUGAUUUGGAUAAAGAGGAGAAACCAGAGCCUGAGGCCGUCUAUGAGACCAACUGCCACUGGGAGAGCUGCAGCAAGGAGUUUGACACCCAGGAACAACUUGUGCAUCACAUCAAUAAUGAGCAUAUCCAUGGUGAGAAAAAAGAAUUUGUGUGCCACUGGAAGGACUGCUCUCGUGAGCAGAGACCAUUUAAGGCUCAAUAUAUGCUGGUGGUACAUAUGCGUAGACACACUGGCGAGAAACCUCACAAGUGCACUUUUGAGGGUUGCAACAAAGCAUACUCUCGUCUGGAGAACCUGAAAACACACCUGCGCUCACACACUGGUGAGAAGCCAUAUGUAUGUGAGCAUGAGGGAUGUAACAAGGCUUUCUCUAAUGCCUCAGACCGUGCAAAGCACCAGAACAGGACACACUCCAAUGAGAAACCCUAUGUGUGCAAGAUCCCUGGAUGUACAAAGCGUUACACAGACCCAAGCUCCCUACGCAAGCAUGUAAAGACAGUUCAUGGACCUGAGGCUCACAUAACUAAGAAACACCGUGGUGACACUGGACCUCGACCACCAGGUUCUGCUCUGACCUCUGCAGGUCAAAGUUCAGAGCUGAUGGUAGAAAAAGAGGAAAGGACCAGAGAGGAUUGCAAACUUCUGGCUCCUGAAAAUACACUAAAGUCUCAGCCAAGUCCUGGAGGCCAGUCAUCCUGCAGUAGUGAGCGCUCUCCAUUAGGGAGUGCAAACAACAACGACAGUGGUGUAGAGAUGAACCUGAAUGCAGCAGGAAGUCUGGAAGACCUGACAGCAGUGGAAGAUGGAGGGGGAACCAGUGUGGCUGAGUCUAAUGGGGGAGUGGGUUCUGGGGGUAUGGGUAUGUCUGCACAGGCCCUGAAGAGGCUGGAGAACUUGAAGAUUGAUAAACUAAAACAGAUCCGCAGGCAGACCCCACCAGGCCGGGGCACAGUAAAUAAAUUACCAGCACUUUCAGCAUCAGGUGAGAUAAUCGGCAUGUGUGGCCCCUCCCCUUUGCUUUCUAAUCGUCGUGUGAUGGAGCUCUCUACCCCAGACCUGGGUGGAGGUGGUAUAGGGGGAAUCGGCAGAAUGGUUAUGCCUUGCCCACCCAGUGACCGCCGUGGAAGUGGUACCAGUAGUUUAAGCUCCGCCUACACUGUGAGCCGUCGUUCCUCUGUGGUUUCCCCUUACCUAUCAAGUCGACGCUCAAGUGAAGUAUCUCAGGUGGGCACAGGUGGGCAUUGCCAGUCUGUCAUUGGAAAUGAUGUGGGUGGGGACCCAUUAUCACCCGAGACCAGCCACAGAACUGGUUUGUGCCAGAGCACCAGUGGAUUGCCAGGUCUACCAUGUCUUACAGCUGCAGAACAAUACAGUUUGAAAGCUAAAUAUGCGGCAGCAACUGGUGGACCACCGCCAACACCUCUACCCAAUAUGGAGCAGCCUGGUACCCCCAGCAGACGAAGUGGUUUCUUGAGUGAAUAUGACGGUCAGCCACUCCCACCAUUCCUUCAUCAAGUGGGAACCAGGAGACACAGUGCCAACACCGAGUAUGGAACAGGCGUUAUUUAUCCACACCAGGCUCCUGGCAACAACAUGCGACGUGCCAGUGAUCCCGUGCGCUCUGGAGCUGACCCACAAGGCCUACCCAAAGUGCAGCGCUUUAACAGCCUGAGUAACAUGACAUUGAUGGGCCGUCGUAAUGCCUUGCAGCACUGUGGGUCUGAUGCCAAUGUCACCAGACACAUGUAUUCACCACGACCGCCAAGUAUUACUGAGAACGUGAUGAUGGAGGCCAUGGCAAUGGAGCCUCAGAGGAAUACCACAGAGGGCCGGGAUCACGGAAGCAUGAUACAAGGUGCAGACAGGGCCUACAUGGGCUACCAGCAGUCUCAGUCCCAUCCUCGUACUGGUGACCAGCUUUCUCCUGGGAAUGAAGGCAUGGGAUGCUUGGAUCCUUCCUACCAGUCACAGAUGCAGGGGCAGUACCACAGUCAACGUGGGAAUAUAGGUGUUGGAGAAACUAUGGGUCAGAAUGAGAUUUCAAAUACUCUCCUCCAGCAAGCCGAGUACAGUAUGAGCACCUGUCAGCUCAGCCCCUCUGGGCCACACUACCCUGGCCUGGGGCAGCCUAGUGAGGGAUCAGGACCCUGGGGACAAAAUGGCCAGCUCCACAAUCCUCAUGUGGGUAUGCAAGCAGCUAUGCAGUUCCAAGACGCAGGAUUGCAGGGACAACAGUAUUCUCAAGGUUUGUAUGAUCCCAACACUGAUCCUAACCAUCAGAGGGUCACUAUCAAACCAGAACAGUUCCAUCCACCCAUGGGAGGCUCCAAUGCCUGCCAAAAUGCCAAGGCUCUUCAACAGCAUUGCCAGCCUAGCACUAUGGAGGUAUGCCAGCAAGGGUACGCACCACAGACAAAAGAGCAUGGUUUAAUCAGCAAAUCUUCCAACCCCAGCUGUGACUUUGUCCAUGGUCAGAUCAAGACCCAGACUGAUCAUCAUCAACACCAAAGCCAGGCUGGAUCAUUUCUCCAUGGGGGAAGCUUGAGUCUCGGCUGUGCUGGCUCUGUGCUGGCUGAGGACCGGAGGUCACAGACUCCAAUGCUGCAGGUGAAGGAGAUGAUGGUACGAAACUAUGUGCAAUCACAACAGGCACUCCUUUGGGAGCAGCAGCAAGAGCAACAAACAGCAAAUAGUAGUCUCCCUCGGAAGCCAGAAAGCAUGGAGUUGGGAGCACAGACAGCACUGAUGCAGCAUAGUCCUCAAGAUCAGCAACUAAAUCAAAACAUCUACCAUAACAGUUACCAGGGCUACUCAAAUCAGAAUGUCAUGAGUCCCUCAGGACAUAGUCAAGCAUCCAGCUCAGUGCCAGUCAAGGAACAGAUGGCUGGCAUGCAGGAUUCUUCCUACAGUCAUGAUAUGGUGCCACAUCCACCUCAGGGUCGAAAGCCUCUGAGUCGCCAGAGCAGUCUUUCCCAGAAGGCAAAUGGAGCAUACCUAAGCAGCCCACCUAAUGUAAGUCCUGGUCAUUCUACUGCCAGUCCCAGAAGAAGUGUCAGGUUACCACCUGUUCAUCAACAGCAGCAACACACUGAUAAUUUCUAUUACUCAGGCCAGAUCCACAUGCACCACAACAUGGAUAAGUCUCUGGAAGCCCAUGAUGGAUCCUGCCGGACCCAGCAGCACCUUGCUGGAAUAGAGCCUUCAACAAAGGCUGCUUCAGUGGCAUAUCCCCAGUCUGCAUCUAUGUCAAAUACGCUUGAGAACUUGGACUUGGAGAAUGCUCAGAUUGACUUUGCUUCCAUCAUUGAGGAUCCAGAUCCUUCAUCUUACAGCCCAGUAAAUCCAGUUCUGGGCCACCAAUCAUCCUCCCAGGCCUCCUCCCGUCUUACCACUCCGCAAAACUCCAUCACCCUUCCCUCCAACCUAUCUAACAUGGCCAUUGGAGAUAUGACCUCCAUGCUGACAUCCCUUGCUGGGGAGAACAAGUAUUUGAACACAAUGACUUAAGAAUAGCUUUACAUGUUUCAAAGGGUUGUAAGGCAUAGACUAUCAUUCUGGCUAUAUCAACAUCCAAUUGACUAAUUAGAUUCCUGAUAAAUGCAUUCAGUGAAACAGUGGUUUCUGUGGACCUUCCUACACUCGCUGUCGAGUCUUACUAGAUGGGCCAGGUUUCUAUAGAGGCGUGAUUCUGCUUCUCUGUUUCCAUUUGUUUUUGUUUUAUUUGUUUAAUAAACAUUGCCUUGGGUUUUAUUAUCAAGACUAAAAUGGUAUUUCAGUUGCCAUGCUGGGAGGGUUAGUAAAAAAACACUUUGUUUAAAUGUAAAUACCUUUUACCUUUAUAUUAGCAAUGGAAUUUAAACUGAGACAAUGAUAGAAGAAAAAAAACUAUCUUCUGCAUUAUAAAAUAUAUGAUGACUAGGAAGAGUUAGAGAGAGCACAUUUCCUUUCUGAGGUACUAGAAAAGCUCAGUUAUAAUAAAUGGUAGAACACGUCUGAAGUGCCUUUGCCUAUUGUGGCUAAUGACUCUCUACAUGUGCAUUAGUGUUAUCAUUUUAGAGAGUGACAGUCAGACAGGUCAGAGAACAAAACCCAUAAUGACCAGUCAUAGUGCCUAUGUGCAGUGCAGUAUUCAAAGCCUUAUCAGUAGUUAUUUUUGAUGAUUAUUAUUCAAGUGAAUGUGGCAAAACAGAAGACCUAUGGUUGAACCCAUUGGAACCCAUUUGAUUUAAAUGAACUUUUCCUGUUUGUCUUUUUUUUUUUUUUUUUUGCCUAUUCGUAUUCAAACAGGUAUCUUUAGUCAAGUGGCACUGAUUAUAAUUUUUUAAAUGUUACCCUCCUUUAAAGGCCUGGAUAGACUAAGCCAAUUUCGUCUGACCCCACAGUUGUUUUUAUUUGAAACUCCAAUUUCUAAAAGUAAAUGUAGACCACUCACCUAAUAGACAUUUACAUUUCUGUAGUAUUUCCAGGCCUUAAAUUGCACCACAUCAUGUAAACUUAAUAUUGCACUGACAACAGCACUGAGCUGAAUUUUUUUGUUUUGGGUCUUAUAGUACAGUAUAUGAUAUUGCAUUCAGGCAGUAUCCAGCUGACAAACUAAAGGACAUAAUGUCCUUUGUUUUAGCACAUUUAUGCGAUGCCUCACAAUGGUGUGAAGGACUCAUUUAAGUAUUGAAAACAACCAUAUCCCUGUGCUUCACUACAGCUGUUCAUGGCAUACCAAAGAUGAUUAGCACUGGGAAGAGUGCAUGUGCACCCUUCAGUAUCAACAUUAAUACAGUCAUGUCGCCAUGCCUCUAUAGUGCUGCGAUAGAGAAUGUAAGUUUUCUAACAUUCUUUUUUAAGAAAAAAAUAGUUUUGUGGAUUUUGCAUUUCUCUGUGUGUUGUUCUGGCAUCUGUCACGUUUUUUUUUUUUUUUUUUUUGCUGGCAAAAGAGAAUUUAAUGUAGCAUUGAAAAUUCAUGGUAUUAGCAGUUAUUACAUCUAUAUACAGGAAAUCAAGUGAUAUAUUUUUUGCAUACCAUUUUCUACAUUUUUAUACAAAGUAAAGGUACUAUAUUCUACCUGUUUAUUAAUAAACAUGGCCUGUGAUGGAA